AUUCUAUUAUUAAUUUGGAUAAUGGGAUAUCAUUCUUACCAAUUAUUAACUUUUACAAAUUUAAUGCUUGAGAAUGUUCUUUUUUGUUUUAUAAGCCUUUUUGUCAUACAUUUUCCUGCAUUGAAUUGUAGAUAUGGUUACAAGUGAAGACUGCGACUAUAAAGCAAAGGAAACAGAGGGAAGGAUGAGUUCACAAAAAAUUGAUGAGAGGAGUACUGAUGAAAAAGCGGCCUUGCUGUAUUCUGUUUGGAGUGCUUUACUAAAUGAAUCUAUAGUUCAGGAUAGUGAGUUCUUUCAAAGGUUCGGACUCAGCAAAUCCAGUGUGCCAAAGGCCCCUCAUUUUGAGAAUUGCAAGUUGAACACACAAGUAAAUAAACGUCUUGAUGCCCGUGGUAAGAAUGGGAGAUUCCCUCCUUGGACAAUUUGGAAGGGAUUUUUAGACAUCUAUCCACCAUCUGAAACUGAAGAACAAAUGAGAUAUUUGAGACGACAAGCUAUGUCCAAAGGCUCUUAUCCUCCCUGGAUUACAGGAUCAGAUGAAGACAAAUACCCAUUCACAAGGAAAGUGCAAAGGGACAUAUGGAGCCAUCAGCAUCCAUUGAAUUGCCGAGAUCCUAAUGUAAGAUUCCUUGUUGCUAACUGGGAGAGACUGCCUGGAUUCGGUAUGGGAGCCCAGAUUGCUGGAAUGUGUGGGCUUCUUGCCAUUGCAAUUAGUGAAAAAAGGGUCCUUGUUACAAACUAUUAUAAUCGUGCUGAUCAUGAUGGUUGUAAAGGUUUCGUGGGGCCUGAAUUCAUUAAGAUCAAAUCAAAUGGUGAGCAGGGUAAAGCCCAAAUAAUAAUGACGGGCGGUGCCCCAUCACAGACAACUUGUUUCCUUUUUGAUCUUUUCAAGCACAUUUACUGCCUCCGAGGUUCAAUUGGCUUUGGAUGCGACUUGGUGACCUGUGUUGAUUUCCAGUUGUUGUACUCUUCUGACUAA